AUGUCCGUCACCGCUCUGUACAUCGGUUUACCGCUCGUUGCUUAUCGACGAAGGGACAUCAUAUUUGCAACAGUGCAGCUGGUGCUUUGUUUCAUCAUCGUUCUAAUCUCCUACUGCCAGCGAGCGUUUGAAGCUAAUGAGAAGAAUUCCAGCAAUAUGUCCCUUGUUCCCAGUAGUACGGGACGACGAUCUCAGCAGUUACAGAAUUACUGGGUGGAUGGCUCGAUUUAUCGACCGAAUGCACAGAAGAUUCAUGGUGACUAUCACGUAGCUGGUACAAUGGCACAGCGAGCUGACAACGAAGCCGUUCAUCAGGGUGUGACUAAACAACAAAAACCUCCGAAUUCCACAUCUCGUCCGGCACAUUCUAAGAGUGACAGCUAUGGUAGAUGUUGCCCCGGUGCCAAGCGUCAAAUAUGGGCUGAGCGAAUACGGUAA